UUUAACCCUUCACUCUUCUAUAUAAAUCUCCCCCAAGUACUUAACACUCUUCACUACUCUCUCCACUAAACAAAAACACUAGAGUUAAGUUACAUAUAGAGUAAGGAAGAGAUGGCAGUUAGGUGUUUAGCCGUGUUCCUCGUUGCUCUCAUGGUGUCUCAAGCAGUCACCGCAACAAGACCGGCUCCAACCAAGAAUGUCGGAGCUGGUCUUGACGACCAAAAGAACUUUGUAGCGUUCGCUGGUGUCGGUGGAGCUGCUGGAAUUGGUGGAGCCGGUGGUGUUGGAGCUGGUCUUGGUGGUGUCGCCGGUGGAGUUGGUGGUGUUGCCGGAGUUUUGCCUGUUGGCGGUGUAGGCGGCGGAAUUGGUGGUCUAGGCGGUGGUGUAGGUGGUCUUGGCGGUCUAGGUGGUCUAGGUGGUGGUUCAGGUCUUGGUCAUGGAGUAGGUGGAAUUGGUGGUGACCCUGGUAUUGGUAGUGGUAUCGGUGGACUCGGCGGUGCAGGUGGUCUAGGCGGUAUAGGCGGUGUUGGUGGUUUGGGUGGAAUUGGCGGUGGAAGCGAUUGCGGUGGCGUAAUUCCUCACCAUUGAUGUUAAACGUUUUUUUUUUUGUUUUUUUGCUCUCUAUAAACCAAAGAUCGGUCGAAAGGUUCAUAAUUAUUAUGUUUUAAGUUCUUUUAUCGAUGUUUAUGUUUUAAGUCGUUUGUUUUCUAUAUAUGUUUCUUGUUUUGUUUGUUAUGCUGUUUGUUAUUAAUUACUUGUGAGAAACUUGUGUUAUCAAUAAAUAGUGUUUUUUUUUGUUUCAUGUUACUUGCUUGUGUUCCAAGAUAUUCAAUUAGUUGAAAUUUGCAUGCAGCAAUGUAUACGUCAAACUUAAUCCCAUUUGUAAAAGUUGUCAGAAAAACAAAAUCUUCUUUCGUCGUG